UAAACUCCUUUCUCCUUCAUCACCAUCAGCUGUUGGGCAUAACUUACUCUUUUUGCCAUUACCAUUACAAAGAUUUUAUACUAGAAAAUAAAUAGACUUAAUAAAAAAAUUAAUGCAUGUGCAACAAGACCAGGACAAAAUUAGUUGUAUUAGUUGAACAGUACAAAGUGUGUGAGUUGGUGGUAACAAAUAAAUAGAAUUCCGAUUUUUACAAGAAAAAAAAACCGUAUAGGGAAUAAUUCCUACAGUAACUCGGAGUGGAAAGGUGAUUUUUAUGCUUAAUUAAGAAUAGUGUAAAUUUUAGUGAUACCACAAAAAACAGCGUGGCUAAAAAGUUUCUCCGUCAAAAUCCAACCAGAAGGAUAUAUAACACUUUUCAACUUAACGACAUCUAGAUAGAUGUUGAAUUUCUAUUUGAAACCGAAAUAUGCAGACUGAUGACACGGCUGUUGACGGGAAACGUGACCGUUGUGCCGGGGUGUUGGUUGGGUUAGCUGCAGGAGACAGAAAUGGAGGACCAGUUCGAUUGGCGAUCCGGCUGCUUGAAAGCUUAUUGGAGAAGAAAGGUUUCGAUAAAAGCGACGUUGUUGAGAAGUACCUUAGCUACUUUCGAGGACCACCACACGAUUCUGAGAAAGCGUUCGAUACUGGUCAUACAUUCUUCUCCGUGUUUAAAUUGAUUUCGGAAGGAAGAACCUCAGAAGAAGCGUCAACCACGGUUCAAGGCAAGUACGGAAGCAUCGGCGUCGGGGCAGCUCACAGGAAUGCCGUUAUUUCGAUGGCAUCUGUCAUAGAUGAUAAACAAUUAGACUCUGCCGUGUUGUCGGAAACGUAUAUAACUCACGCGAACCAAAUCUCGUAUGAAGUCAGCCUCUUUGUUACUUGGCUUUGUCGACAGCUAAUUACCGGAACUGGAUGGGAGGAUUCUAUCAAGAUAGCAAUGAAUGGUUUGCACCAAUGCGAAGUAACUGAUGCCAUCAUCUCUGCCGCAACUUGUAUGAAAAGUCGUCUGAGUAAGGACGGUUACGCGCCUGCAGUUCUUCAAGCGGCUCUACAUUUCCUGCACCAGUCCAACUCCUUCGAUGACGCGUUGAACGCUUCGAUUGCAUUUGCCGGCUGUGGAAAUUUUUGUCCCGUACUUGUCGGCACGAUCGGUGGGGCUAGGUACGGGGCAAGGGUUAUUCUUGGUGAAAAGAGUUCUUUGUUGCUGCAUUGUACGGGAGGACUUUUGACCCGAAUUAUUUCCGGUGCAACGAAUAUGGGAGAUACGUGGAAAUGAAAUUCCAACUGGACAGCAUUGACGUAAACGACAUGGGAGAUAUUUUAAUUCUUAAGGGUUAAAUCUAAAUCAGAACAAUAAGUAGUGUCAAAAUUCCAAUAAAGUUAACAUGGGUAAUUGUCUUAUUAAAGUUGAAUUGAACAUAAUAAAUUUUGUACGUCUUCAUGUCGCAAGACAUAUUCUAGUAUGUACAUAUAACCCCAA